CAAGUUUCUAUUAGCGACUUAGCAACUAGGAUGAUAUGAUCGAUCAAACUCUAAUACAUAAUAGGGCAAAAAACGCAGUUUAUUUAGUUAGAACUAGUAGAUAAUACCAUGCCGAAAGGAAAAAAGAAGAAACCUAAAAACAAUAAAAACGGAGAUAAGGGCAAGAAGAAAACUACUACUAAAUCAAAAAAAGGUGGAGGCAAGAAAUCGAGAUCAAAAAGUGCCAGAUGUAAUGUUGAUAUUUUCACUGAAGCCGCAAUGGAAAAUGCUUAUACGACCUGCCAUAGCGUUCAAGACUUGCUAAAAUGGAGAGGAUUUCCUUGGCCAGAAGCACAAAAAAAGAAAAAGAAAGGAAAAAAAUAGCCUAUUUUACAUUAAUCGUAAGCUCCUUCAAAAUACUCAUGCGGGCUUUGGUUUAGUUAAAACUGACAAAUGUGUUUCGGCUAUAAUUGUUGGUUUACAUAUUUUCUCGACAGGAUAAGUAAGAAUUAGAUUCAUAGGCUUAUUUUUUCAAUACUUUGUUUUUGGUGCCAAGAAAUAAACGUUUACAAACGACAACGAGCAUUUUUUUAAACUUGGUUCUCCUACGCCGAAUACUGUUGCAGAACUAUAAAUAGGGAAGGAACGCUGCAUUUUUAAAUAAGUUAUCUGGAGUAACUGAAGAGCAUAGUUCAAUAACUUCUCGACGUUGUUUUUCCUGUGUGAAUUUUUAGUUGAAAAUU